AUGUCUCCAACCGCUGCGCCAUUCGGAGGCUGGAGUUCGCCUCUGACGACGGAUGUUAUCACCGAGAAGACUAUUAGUAUUCCUGAAGUGAUUGUGGAUGCAGCUACUGGGUCCAUAUAUCAUGUAGAAGAUCGGCCCCAUGAAGGUGGCCGCCGUGUUCUAGUUCAUUCCGAAACAUCAAAGGACGUGUUUGGUGCAAAUUGGAAUGCCCGAACAGGAGUGCACGAAUAUGGGGGUUCUGCCGCGGCCGUGUACAAGGAUACUGCCCUAUUUGCCGAUUGGAACUCGAAACGCGUAUACAUUUGCAAGAGGACCAACAAUGGAUGGGAAGAACCUCAUCCGGUAACCCCAGACAAUGCAAAUCACCGUUUUGGAGAGUUGCAAAUUCAUCCCACGCUUCCCCAUCUCGUCGUUGCCAUUCUCGAGGAUCAUACUAAGCCCAAGCCAGCCGAUGUUGUCAAUACGCUGGUUUUGAUUAAUACGAAGUCGGAAACGGUUACCACGAUUACCGAAGGCGCUGAUUUCUACGCUUUUGCUCGGUUUAGUCCCGACGGAAAGAAGAUUGCUUGGGUACAAUGGUGGCAUCCUGACAUGCCUUGGGAAGGAUCCGAGUUAUACAUUGCCGACCUGACCCUUACCGAUGAAUCGCUUUCCAUCGCUGGGACUCCGAAGCAUAUCGCUGGUGCCCGAGUUACAGAGUCAAUAACCCAACCGUCGUGGACAUGCCCUACCAAGCUCGUAUUCAUCUCAGACAAGACAGGGUUUUACAACCAUUAUGUUCACGACACAAGUAACAAUACCACACGCCACGGACUGGGUCAACCUCUUGAACAGGAUUUUGCCGAUCCAGCGUGGUCGCUUGGCGGCUCAAACUAUGCUGUAUUGAAAGAGGAUACAAUCAUUGCACCGGGACGGAUUGAUGACCAAAACGGUUUCUUAAUUAUCGACUUGUAUGGUCAGAGAUACUCUUUUUGCAGCAGCCCAUACGUUUCCACCUCCCAGUUCCGGCCUAUACCUACGGGCUCGGGUGCCGGGGCUUCGACGGUUUUCGUGGGCACGGGAGAUGCCGAACCUGCGGCACUCGUCCGGAUGUCACUUUUAUUGGGCAAGCCACGCUACGAGGUAGUGAAGCAAACUACCAAUGCGCUCGAUCUUCCCGCACUGCAAGGAUUUGCAUUCUCCAAGAGCCAGCUCAAGACAUUCGAAGUUGAGGUCGCGGGCGGUGCGAAGCAGCCAUUGCACGUGAUAUUUUAUCCACCAGCAAACAAGGACUACUCUGGAGGGCAAGCUGAUGAGAAACCGCCAUGCGUCGUAAAUGUUCAUGGUGGCCCGACAUCGAGUGUCCCUCCGGGAUUAAAAUGGUUGACCCAAUACUGGACGAGCCGAGGUUGGGCUUGGGUUGACGUCAACUAUGGGGGAUCUUCAGGAUACGGUCGUGCCUAUCGCGAGCGGCUCCAAGGGAAAUGGGGUAUUGUCGAUGUUGAUGAUUGCGUUUCGACCGUCGGAGAGCUCGGAAAGGCUAAUCUUGUUGAUCCUAAACGGGUGGCUAUUCGUGGCGGCUCUGCAGGUGGCUACACUACUCUAGCAGCGCUAGUGAAAAAUUCAAAAGCCUUUGGUGCAGGAACUUCAUCGUACGGAAUCUCGGAUUUGAAGGUCCUCGCGGGCGAAACUCACAAGUUUGAGAGCCAAUAUCUUUUCAAGCUACUCGGCGGAACAUACGAAGAGCGCCCAGAUGUGUAUAAGGACCGCUCUCCUAUUUUCCAUGCGAAUAAUAUUUCCUCGCCCUUACUUCUCUUGCAAGGUGAUGUCGAUGCUGUGGUACCGCCCAAUCAAGCGGAGCUUAUGAAAAGCGAAAUAGAGAAGCAUGGUGGUAAAGUAAAGUAUAAGUUAUUCCAGGGCGAGGGCCAUGGAUGGCGUAAAGCAGAAACUAUCAAGGAAGCGUUGGAGCUCGAGCUUGGGUGGUACGGUGAGGUGUUCAGGAUUGAGGUGAAGCCGUGA